GAUGAUCGGAAGGACGAUGUUGAACAAGGACCAAAUAAAGUCCAGAUCAUAACGAACGCCGAGCCAGAGGAGCAGGGGCCGCUGAGCCCCGAUGGGGAGUCGCGGUUGUCCGUCUCCUACAGUGUCUCGACGGAGGACGAGGACAAGCCGUGCGAACUGCUACGCACGCGGACCGGGCGCGGCCUCGAUUUCGGCGUGCAGCAAACGCCCGAGGGGCACACGUUCAACAUGAACCUGCUCCCCCACGCGGACUGCUUCGCGCUCUUAGUUCGGUUGAACGGCGACACGGUGUUGUCCUUCCGCCACGAAGUGUUCCAGCACCGCGAGGACCACGACCUGGAACAGAAGAAAGCGCCCUGGAAGUGCUGGAUUUUUCGGUGUUGGGACGGCAAAGUCCGCCCGGACCCGCAGGCGGCGAUCAACAAGGACCCGUUGCUGCGCCAAAACGCCAUGCAGGCGGGCGAGGGCGAAAAAGAAACCGUGGUCGUCGCGUACCCGAUCCCCGAGGAGGUGGUCGCGCACAAGAGACUGCUCGGGAAGCGAGUUGGGAAAACGAUCCGAAAGUACCUGCAAACAAGCGAAGAAGCCCAAACCCUCGGAGGUCCCUUUUCCUCCCCCGAAGACUUCCUGUUGCCGCAGAUGAUGGAGGAUGACUGGGAGGAACGCGUUUCGCUGCAAAAUUUUGACCUGUACUCGCGGUUGUGCCACCCAAUCCGUUCCUUGGUCGACGCCCUGCUCAUGUAUCGCCCGGACCUGAAUCCCUUCUACCCCUUCUACGAUCCCAAGGGCGCGACGGAUCCCGGGGAGUCCUUCGCGUUGCCGAAGCCGGGUUUAAAAGACAUUGAAACUACUCGUCUUGCGACAGCCAGUGCCACAGGUGAAGUCAACCUCAACACAUCUUUGAAUGAGGGAGAUAAACUUGUCGAGUCUCCUGCUGAUGUUUUCGAAAAACCACGCAAUCUCGACGUCACGCCGUUCAACAUCAACGCGUUUUCCGAGAGCUCCUACUGCAAGGAAGAAGACGUUCCCCCGGCAAUCGCCGACGAGCGACCGCAGCGGAUUGCGUGUCUCGCGCCGGUGGUCUACCACCAGGAACGGGCCAUCAUGGUGAAUCAGUCGAACAUGAUCGCGCCCUACUGCGACGACUUUGUGUUCUUCGUGGCCAACCGGAGCGCGCCGGAGUACUUCAACGGGUUAUGCAUUGCGAAUAUGUCUGGAUCUGGAAGGUUGGAACUUGUAUUGCUGGUCUUACAUGCCUGUGAAAUCUGUAUUGCAUGACUAGCAAAAGUCGCAGCCUCUCUUUUCAUACAAAUACGCAGCCUCUCAUGCUGAUUGCGUAUGAGAAAGCGUUCUGCAAACUUGUCAUGGCUUGCUGCGUAAGGAAGUGUUUUCAUCAUGCACAUUUUAGCAUCAGAACUUUCCAGACCCAGACAAAUUUGCAUUUGAUACGGGUACCGGGUGCACAACCUGGACAUUAUCUCCGACGAGUGGCUAUCAAAAGUAAAAAUGUCUGGGUCUGGGAACUUGUGAUGCUGGGUCGCGUCUCAUGAUGAGGCUACAAAUGCUGGCUCAGCAUGACAAGUUUCUGAGCUCCUAGGUGUUGCCUAUUCUGCAUGACAAACUGCGCUUCUGCAUCACAGAAAAACGGAGCUCUUGGGUAACGUGCAUGACAGAUUUAAGAGUCAUGCCAGACAAGCAUGACAAACAUGAAUGCUUCCAGACCCAGAAAUUUUUACAGUUGAUAGUGGCAGAACGAGUACCGCAGCCCCAACGGCGCCGAGAAGUAUGGAUUGCAAAUAUGUCUGGGUCUGGAAGGGUUGGAACUUGUGAUGCAAACUCUGGAACACACAAAAAUUUGUGUUGCAUGAACGCCAAAAGCUGUCCAUUUCUUGGCACGCAAGUAGGAAGUUUCUCAUGCGGGACAGGCAUCACAGGGCGUGCUCAAAACCUGUGAUGCUUUUGCCAGCAUCAGACACCAUUUGCGUGAUCCGAAAUAUGCAUGACAAAUCUUGCAAUCUUCCAGACCCAGACAUUUUUGCAUUUGAUAAGAAGGAGAACGCGAUGAUGCUAGAAGCCUACUUCUACUACUUCUUUCCGCAAGCGCCGCGGAUCACGGAAUUCCAGAACGCCUGGCUGGGGGACCGCGCGCCACUUACGGAAAGCGGAAACCCGCAGGACGAGGACGACGAUAUCUUCUACAAUGGGGUGGCGACGAAAACGAAAAAUGUUAAACCACCUAAGGAUGAAAAAUCGGCUACGAAAGAAACCCUUAUAUUACCGGAAGCUGCUCCACAAGACAGUGCCAAUAAAAUCGCCACGCUUCCCGGCGAAAGUCUGUACCGGUUGGACAAAACGAAGCCGGAUUUGGGUCUCCUAUUACCAGACGACGAGCACGUCGUGGAUGUGGACGAAAGUUGGUUACACUGGCAGAAACAGCACAUCCUGGACCAUUUCCCGUUCGACUUGCUAAAAAGCGCUGUUGGAACAUCAUUAGCGGGAGCAGUUGCAAGUCAUCUCGUGGACAUGGUGAAAGAGCUUUUUUCUUCAGACCGCUAUGUAAACGAAAAGACGCGGCUCAGCUACUUGCAGAACGCCGUGGGCGCGCAGUCCUUGUGGGACGUGCUGCGAACGGGGACGUUUCAAGGAAAAAGCGCUUUUGAAAACACUGAUGCCGUGUUCAUAAAGGAAGAAGAUGCAAACGCAAUGGCGUCAGCAAUUCUAGCGCACUACUGCAAUCAUGACCGUGGCUCUUCUGCAGCAAAUAGUAACGUUUCUUUCACGGAAACGGAAGACCGGAUUAUUUUGGAGCUGGGUUUCCGUAAAGUCUCGGAUCCGUCAGUGCUGGGUCCGAUCAGUCCAGAGCACUACCACAAGUUCAUUCUGCCGCCCGCGUCUACGGUAGACGCGGGGGAUGAUCAAAGUUUCCAGAGCUGCAUCCGGGCCGCGGAAAGCCGGCUGUUUGCGCGCAUUUUGCGGGACGUGCAUCGGCGCUUCCGGGAAUCUCGCGCAAAGUGGUACGAGCGGAAGGAGUUUCUCAGCGGCACGCACGACCUCAUGUUUCACCUUUACCCAGCGGAGAAAGGCGUGGGCAGUAGAGAUGUUGACAAAGGAGAAGCACAAGCAAAAGCAAAGGAAAAAUCCGCAAAAAUCGCGGGCUCCGACGCAGUGAGCAGAGGCGAAAAUGACCCACGUUUUAUGCACAAUGCGCACGUUAUUCGCGACGGGCUUUUAGAAACCGAUAGCGAACUGUUUUCCGCAUACGAUCAACUUGAGUCCGAGCGCAUCGGUCUGCUGAAGCAGGGCGCCAGAGCGCCCUCUGUGUCCAUUUCGCGAAAGUUGCAACGUGUGCGCAAGCGCCAGGGGAACCUGCUGCGUGUGCUGCAGAGCAAGUAUCGUGGCAGUCCCGAGAUGCAAAAGCUGGUGGCAACCUUGAAAGGUUCAAAAGCGGCCGAGGCCAAGUACUUCGCGGACCACAAAAUUGAGCUGGAGGGGGUUUCACCGGAUUCGGCUUUUUCUGGCGGUGGAGAACAUCAUCAUCUUCAAGGCAACACGAAAAGCGAGCUUCCCGAUUGGUAUUGCCAGAUCGAGUCGGAUUUGUAUUUCAUCCCCGAGAAUUUCGAGCGCUUUGUCAAUCUGCGGAACUUCGACGCCAACAUUCCGUACUACCUGGGUCACAUUUGGACCACGAUCACGGACAAGGUGUUCGGGUUGCAGCGUACGGGCUUCAGCACGGAAGUGACGCAGGGCCUCUGCGUGUCCCGCAAGGGCUUGCAAAUCCUGGCGGAAUUCUACAAGUACUUCUACAUCGGACGGGCGGAGAAGUACAAAAUCCUCGUGGCGGAAAUGGAAAACACCCACAAUUUAUCGAUCAACCAGCUGCUUGCCUCGGAACGGGUGGCGCGCCGCAGCGGGUGGACCUGGCACGGCAUCCAGCGCCAACGGCACGGGGAAGUCCACCCGGCGGACGGAGAUCUGUUGGCCAAAAAUCCUCCAAGUACAACUAGCGAGGACACCGCUGUAGCCGAAGAUCAGCCCGGAACUUCUUCUACCCUGCAAGUCGAGCCGGCGCCGGCCAACGUGGACACGCUGACGGACGAAGCGAUCUUGUCGACGUACUUCGGGUCGGAGCUCCAGUCGAUCGAGGAGCUGGAUGGUAUUCUGAACAAGGCCAGUACCCUGCUGGAGGGCGACCUGGACUUGGCGAGGAGUAUUUUGAAUUCGCCAGACGACGUGCUCGAGCGCGACUUUCUCGGCGGCCAGAACGGCGGUAUCGUGCAAACGAGCCAAGUGGCCACCCGGACGUUUUCCCGACGCAUGAAUUCGGGUUUGCUGCUGCGGAAAACCUACUGGUUCUACAACAGCCUGCGCUUUUUCAGCGUGGCUACGUCGCAGACCUAUCUGGGUCACAUGGGCCACGCGAGCACGGACGGUGGGAGCAAGCGGAGCCACCGCGUCUCCAUCGACUCGGCGUUCGGGGCGAAAACCGGGCACCAGUGUCUCCCCUUUCAGUCCUUCGUGUGGGAGAGCUACAUGGAUUUGAACUCCAUCUGUUUGCGCGAGCUCGCCCACGUGCAUCCCACCAUCGCGGUUCAGGCGAUUCAGGUCACGCACGACGCGAAAGGUCGGAUGUUUUGGGCGCGCGAGCUGGACAAGGUGCGGUUGGUAAAGCCCAACCCCUUCGACGAGUUGGCGGCGCUGCCGUACGACUACGGGAAGAAAACGCACGCGAUGGUGGGGGACUUGUACAAGGAUUCCGGGGCUCUGGGCAAGGCGCUCGACUCCGUUGGCUCCCACUUCGACAUUUUGUGGGAGCAGCGGAACACCUUUUUCAACCGGAUGAUAGCGGCAAAGGUGUGUUGGAAAAGAGACUUGAAAGUUGCGCUGGUGGACCAGCAGCGGAAAGUGAAGCUUGAUGAAGAUCAUGCUGCUGAUUCUAAUGUUUCUGUCCACGAAGAUGUGGACUCCGCGGAAAAGAUCCACAGCGAAGCGGCCCAAUACGCGGAGGAACAUGAGACAUUGAAUUUGGAUUUGGCGGGUUACUACCGGAUGCGGAACGCUCGGGCGGCGUCCGCCGCCGCCUCUGGAACGUUCGCGGAGGCAGAAAAGGCGGUUUAUGAGAAGAGUCUGUACUACUCCCCGUUCCCGAUCGCUUUUCACGGCCACCGUGCGGAGUACAACGAAAAAAUCAAGCGCGUAUUUGGACAGAAACAGCAGGAGGGCGGCUCGACACGCCUAUAUUUCGCCUAUUUCCACAAGGACGCGCUGGCCGAGCAGAAAAAGCUCAGGGAUGAGGUGAAGGAGAAGGAGGAGGAGCUGAAGAGCAAAAAUUGCAAAGAGAGUAGACUGUACAGCAACGCGGGCAGCUCCUGCCAGCUCAGCAAAGAAGACCACCAACUGUUUGUGCGGGAGCUUUCUGACCUGCGACACAAACUAAAAGAACACGACCAGAAGCGACCACUACCCCCGUCGAACAAUCAAACGGCCGGAGAGGAGGCAGCUGAUGAGGGGGAUCCGUCCUCAUCUCCUGGGGGAGAUCCGGACAGCCCGGAAGGUGCUGUUGAGCAGGAAAAAGCGAAGGCUAGUAGCGAACUGCCACAAGAUUCGCAUUUGAUAGACAACCGCGACGCGCAGGAUCGAACGAAGCGAAGUCGGUUCACGCUCGCCGACGUGCAUCACAUCGUCCGGGGCCACUGUCUCAACACGCACGAACUAAAACCCGCGAUGUCUAAAGCGACAGUCACGAGGGUUCAGAGACUGGUUGCGACUUUCCUCGGAGACGCCUAUCGUCCGUUGGUGUGGUCCGAGCGUGCAGAAGAGUGCGCCUGGCCGAGGACGAUAUCGAGUGGGGAAAGCGCGCCGCUGGCGCCGGCAUCGGAUUUAUCGAACGAACAGCAAGAUGGUACGCAGCUGUCGACUACGAAGAAACAUUUGAUAGCCGGCAACGUCUCGCCAAAAAGUAGCGAGAAUUACGAUAGCGCCGCGCUUCUGACUGUCUUGGCGUACUGACGGCCAGUGUUGCUCUCGAGCUCCAUACAAGAAUGAAAUAUAGCGAUUGCACUCCUUUUAUGGUCGUUUUUACUUAGAGCUAGAGCAGUUACAGAAGCCUAGCAUGCACGUGGUAAGUAGAAGUAGUAGUUGCAUUUCCCUCGUGGUUCGGACUAAGUUCAGUUUAUUAUUCGUAAAUGUCAAUUGCAAACAGUAGCGAUUUGCGUGCAUUCCAUUCGAAAUAAUGACAAACUCCCAGCAGGAGGAGGGCAGCAUUUUCUUUUUGAGAAUAGAUGAUUUGCUGACGCGCAUGGUGUUGCGCACAAUAUCAAGUAAGUAUUUUCGUAUUUGCUUUGCUGGUGCGCAGGAAGGUGAUUCAUCGCACUACCCAGUAGGGCAAGGCUACUUACUAGGUGAACCUAAAAGAGCAGUUGGGCUUUCAAGUAU